UUCCACUUCCUUUUCAUACCACAAUCGGAUCUUCAGACGAGAAGACGUCCCUUCAUUACAGCAGACAAACAUGUCGGGUCUUCUGAGGACUGUCGCUAGCCGUGCUGCCCCUGUCCUGCGGGGACACACCGUCACUCAGCGGGCUAAUGUCUACACUAGACCCGCCAAGGAGAAGAUCGGGGCUGUUGAAUCGGUCGUUGGAUUGGGCAUGUUUUCUCUAGCGAUCCUGGGACCAUCUGGAUGGAUCCUGUGCCACCUGGAGGACUACAAGAAGAAAGAAUAAAAGUGGACAUUUUAACAGUCUAAUACCUGGUGAAUCCAGCUUCCUGUCUCCAGAGAUAACCUGGGACCAUCAUCAUCAUCGUCAUAUUCCACACCUGAGAAGAACGUGGAACAAGUUUUACCUUUCACUCUUCUACCUCUGCGACAAUUCCACUCCACAUCCCAACAACCAACUGUUUCCAACACAUUGACUCUUAAGCAAUGAAAAUUGUAUUGUACAUCUUCCUUUAGAAGGAGUAUGUUACAACAUUAAAUUUUAAACACAA